AAGACCUUUUUAGUUGAUGUGCUAUGUUCUCAACUAAGAAGCAAAGGAAACAUUGUUCUCAUAGUCGGGACAAGUGCAUUAGCUGCAGCCUUAUAUGAACAAGGACGCACAGCUCAUUCAUAUUCCUGUCAUAGAGGUAUGUACAAAUCCUAUUAA